UCUCAUUACGCCAUUUUUGUUGGGGAGCAGUCGUGUCUAGAAACGGAGGAUUAGGUUCAGUACAGGUACAUCAAACGGUACCUCGUAUAUUCAUAUAUUUGAACUGUCUGGCAAACGUGACACUUGCUUGUCUAUCACACUCAGACAAUGUCGUCAGAAAACCUGGACUCGGAUACUCAGGUGGACUACGAGGACGAAAAACAGGACUCCCAGGAGAAGAAUGCGAACCCGGUGAAGGCAGAGGAGGCCAAGCUGAAGGCCAAGUACCCCGGCCUGGGCCAGAAGCCCGGCGGCUCAGACUUCCUGAUGAAGAGACUACAGAAAGGGCAAAAGUACUUCGACUCGGGCGACUACAACAUGGCCAAAGCCAAGAUGAAGAACAAGCAGCUUCCUGUGGCGGGGCCCGACAAGAACCUGGUGACUGGCGACCACAUUCCCACGCCGCAGGAUCUGCCACAGAGGAAGUCCUCCUUGGUGACCAGCAAGCUAGCCGGCUAGCCUCCACCAUCCUAGAAGCACCUUCACCCCCCUGGGGCUCCCAGCAAACGUCCCUCCUCCUCCUCACCCAUGUCCCCAAUAUGCCCACCCCCUCCCCUCUCUUCCCUUUUCAUCCCCAGGCACCACUGGCUUUAACAUGUCGGGCAGAGUUGUAUAAGUUAAAACUCAAUUUGCUUGUAUGUGGGUGGGGCGGGGUGGGAGGGAUGGAGGUUUAGGCGGCCCAUGAGGUCACAGCCUUCUCUGCCUUCCCACCACGCACAGCUCUGCCCCCUCUGCGCACUCUGCUCUACUGCCUCCCUUAUAUCUUGGUUUUUGGUGUUCCAAGAUGCAUCACAGUAGGUGUGUGUCAUCAGGCAGGGGUUGGAUGGGGUGAGUUAAUGCACUUUGUAGUCGGUAUAGUAUGCUUUGUUCUUUUUUUGCAUCCUAAAUGACACCAAAAUAAUGUGUGUAAGGGAGUUAGGAACCAUGAUUGCAGUGCAUUCUUUGAUCUUUAUGUUCCCUUUCUAUCCUGGUGGCUGGGUUCGGCGGGAGGCGGAAGAUGUAUGUGAAUAAUUGCUUGCAUACCAAAUCUGUGAGGGGCAGCUGCCUAGCUUGAGAGUUCUUUAGCAUUCGCUGACACCAUAUUGGGAAAUGGGGGAAGUGAAUGGAGGCUUCCUUUCAUCAUCCUUAGGGCACUUUUUGUCGAACAAAGCUCGAGGUCAUCUGCUGCAGCUCAGCCAAACAGGGAAUUGAAACACCACUUAUUUUUCUCUCUCAUGUUGCUUUAAUUCUUGACUCCCUUUGCUCCUGUUCUCUAAAUAUGCUGCAUGAUUGUAACAUGUAACAAAAAAGAAAGUUAACAUGUUUUUUUAAUGGGAUUGGGGCAUCUGCUUAGUGAUAGGACGUAUCAAAACAAACACACGAAGCCCUGAAACAUCCACAGUCGCACUUCCUUCCCUCCUUUCCUGUUUACUGUCCUGACAAUCCAUGUACACACACUCCAGUUAGGGGCAAGAGCCAGCUGAGUAUAUCCGUGUAUUAUUUUUAAUGGCUGGGAACCCUGCCAGUCUCUGAGUUCAGUCUUAGUUUGGUUGCUGUUGAGUUGCAUCAAGACCUGUGUUUACUAUGAGACUAAAAGAUUUGUGGGGGGGAUUGAAGCACCAUGCAUAGAGCAUAUGCUUCUGUAAAUAAUACUCAAAUAAGCCCGUAAUUUGUGAUAAGCUUGGCGCUUUGAGGACCAGACCAGCUAACAUGCCUGAGAGAAAUGGGAGUGCUAAAUCGACUCACUUGGGAUUACAUCCUGGGAUUUCUGGCUUGGAAAUUCUAUGCUUUACCAACUGAGCCAAAUUUCACACUGCGGCUAUCGGGCUCAGAGAUCGUGGGUAUCCUUGUCUUUCCAAAAUGACUGUAACCAUCUAAUCAUCUGGUUCUCAUUGUGAUGUGAUGAGACAGACAGCAGCCCAAGUUGGUCUGGCUCACAUUGUGUUUGGAUCUCAUGGAGAAAUGAAAAAUGAUGCGACCACCAUCCAGACAACUUACUUUUCUGUCAUCAUUGUAGAUCCAAACACUGCUAAAAGUAGCAAAAAAAAGCAUUUCACUGGCACACGUGAACAAAUGUAUUUUGACACGACUGCAAUAUCCGAUCACAGAAGUCCCAUUAAAAAGACAAAAGUAACCAUAGUCAUAGCCUUGUGCAGUGAAAAUUGUUUUCAGACAUUUGGGACAGACCAGAAGAAUUGUUCUUAUUCUAGCUGCUUGUUAAAGCUAAAAAAGGACAUUGAUUUCUCAUUUUUUGUGGGAGAUUGUUUUCUCAAUGUUUUAACACUUUCAGAAAAUAUAUAUAUCAGUCAGAUGUAGUGGUUCCCUUGACAUCUUGCCUUCUUUGACAGUUCACAUUGUAAAACACUAACUUUAGUAAAAGAAUACUACUACUUUACUUCCCUAAAAUCUUAACUGGAGUAUAGACCUACUUCUACUACCAGCGCCCCAAAGAACAUUUUUUCUUCCCAAACUGACACACUACACAGACUGAUCUUUGAUCUCAGGGGUGUCAGAGGGUAAACAGCAGGCAACCUGAUAACCACAGGUGUCAGCCCUGCUCCCAAGAUCGUCAUCGCAGUCUUAAAGUGGGACACUGCGUGCCUGCAGGAUACACUCACUCCAAUACUUGGCAAAGCAGAGAGAGAUUUUAUAACACAUGGUGAGGGGGCAAAGUGUGAGCCCAUGCUCUGCUCUCAAGUCCCACCUGUUAAUGUGGUUUCGACCUCUGAAAGAGGUGAAUGGUGCAAUCAACAAAUCUGCAGACUUUGAAUGCGUGCCAUCCACACAUUCAAAAAUCUGAACUGGAUGCCGGCGCUCACUGAGAAUCAGCCUCCUUGUAUAAUACUGCUUCAGGGAACCUUCACAAAUGCACACUCCACCAUGUAGGCUAGGUGAUAGGGUGCAUGCACCAUCACAUUGUCAACCUCACUUGUUUUUCAUUAAGACUUUAAAAUGUGUCAAAUUUGCAGUGGGCGAAAGAGAACUGACCUGUACGUAUGUGCUUGUUACGGUGUUGUAUGAAUGCACUGCUUUUCUCUGUUCCAGCUGUUGUAAAUAGACUUCAACAGGAAGGGAUUUUUGUGUUGUUUCCCACCUGCUUUUCACUCUUUCAUAGCCUGAGCUAUUUUCUGAUUCAAUGGUUCCUCUCUCCUUUCAGUUUAACACUACUUCUGCUCCAUCUUAGCGAAUUGCAGAGGCUAUGUGAAUCUGUAUCAUAUGAAAAUAUGUGUAAAUGCUGCUGUAUCAGUCAAAGACAAAUCUAAGAGAUGAUACCCUGUAAAGAACACCUGUCCUCUUGAUUCUACCAGUCCGACUCUCUUGUCCCAGAGUAUCUCUGUUUCAGAGUCCUAUAGCUCCUCUGUCAAAGUCCAUUCAGUUGAGACUGGUAAACCGCAAUGUUAAUUCUACCACUAAAUUUUAAUGGUGCACUGUUGAAUUUGAUCCAACUUUUGGUCCGGCCAGAGCUUAAAAGAAAAGUCUGUAAAACGUUGUCACUUCGACUGACGUGAACAGACCAUUUAGCAUCACGUUUUGUUUAAAAGCCUACAGUUUCCUGCUUUAAGAAGUAAAUAUUGCAAAAAGAAAUGGGUGAAUAAGCUACAUGUUCUAUGAAACAACAGUGGACAGGAGUUCUUGAAUGCUACUUGAUGUUUGGCUUUGCACAGAGCAGUUCAACAAGAGGAAAUAGCAGGGUAUAUUUCAAACCCAGCACACAGGGUGUCUCUCGUUCAGCUAUGAUAAACACGUGCCAGAAUGUAUAAAGAAAUGACAGGCUGUGUGCUCUGAAGUACUUUUGUGCUGCUUUUACCUUAUCCGUUUUCUUGUUGUUUUGCAAGUAAAUGUUUCUUUUCUUUUUUUUCUUGUGUUCUCUUUUUGCAUAAUUAGUAUAUUUCAUCCUAGCCCAAGAUAACUACAGGGAAAUCAGAGGCACCCUUGCUUCCACGAAAACAAUAAGGGUUUACAUGAUAAAGAGGAUGACUGGAGAACACAGGAAUAAUUUUAGACUUCAGAAAGUACAGGAGUACGUGGAAUGUUUCAGUUGUGUGGGAGUAGGUGAGAGGAUUUUUGUCAGUAUUUGAAAUAAACUUUUACAUUAAUAAGA